AUGUGGUAAGAUCAUUUUUCAAUCCAAAGAGUCGAAAAGAAACCUGUGGUGAGGUGCAUCACCAUGGCUGCCUUUGCUCACCACAUCCUCCUCUCCAAACCCUCCUUCUUCUUCACCAAAACCCUAGCCAAAUCCAAUCAUGGCUUCACCGCCUUCGUCUCCGUCUCUUCACCCUUCAUCCGCAGACACAAAUCCACACAACCAAUAGCUGCUUCACUUCUUGAACUCGGUGGAGUUCAAAUCUCCAAACAAGAUGUGGUUAAGGACGAACCGACAAAUAAUGUCCCAGAUCUAAUAUUCACUAAACUAGGAUUACAGCUUCAUAGGAGAGACAAUCAUCCCCUUGGGAUCCUCAAGAAUGCAAUACACAAGUAUUUUGACUCCAACUAUAACUCUCAGUUUCUUAAGUUUGAUGAUUUGUGCCCAAUUGUUACUACCAAACAGAACUUUGAUGAUGUGUUGGUACCUGCUGAUCAUGUGAGCAGGAGUUACAAUGAUACAUACUACAUUGAUGCAGAAACCGUGCUGAGGUGUCACACUAGUGCACAUCAGGCUGAGUUACUAAGAAAAGGAUAUACAAAUUUUCUUGUUACCGGCGACGUUUAUCGAAGAGACUCCAUUGAUUCAACUCAUUAUCCUGUAUUCCAUCAGAUGGAAGGAGUUAGAGUGUUCAGUCCAAAUGAUUGGAAUGAUUCUGGCAAGGAUGGAACUUCGUAUGCUGCAGAUGAUCUAAAAGCUUGUCUCGAGGGUUUGGCACGUCACCUUUUUGGUGCUGUUGAAAUGCGAUGGGUCGACACUUAUUUUCCAUUUACAAAUCCAUCUUUUGAACUCGAGAUAUAUUUCCAGGAGAAGUGGUUGGAGGUUCUUGGUUGCGGUGUAAUGGAACAAGAAAUAUUAAAACGUGGAGGGAAAACCGAUAAUGUGGCUUGGGCUUUUGGGCUUGGAUUGGAACGUUUGGCAAUGGUCCUGUUUGAUAUUCCUGAUAUUAGACUUUUUUGGUCUACAGAUAAGCGAUUCACGUCUCAGUUUACUAAAGGUCAACUUGGGAUAAAAUUCAAGCCAUUUUCAAAGUAUCCACCUUGUUAUAAAGACAUGAGUUUCUGGAUCAAUGACUCAUUCACAGAAAACAACCUUUGCGAAAUUGUCAGAGGCGUUGCUGGUGAUCUUGCGGAGGAGGUAGUAUUGAUUGACAACUUCACCAACAAGAAAGGAAUGACUAGCCAUUGUUACAGGAUCACAUAUCGCUCCAUGGAGCGUUCUCUUACAGACGAGGAAAUAAACGAGCUACAGUGGAAUGUUCGAGAUCAGGUGCAGAGUCAGAUGAAUGUUGAACUAAGAUGAUUUUCUGUAGCAUAUUUGUUUUUUCAAUCCAACAAGUCAUUCAUAACUCAUAAGUUGCAUUGUUACUUCCAAUUUCCAACAUAUGUAACCCUACUCCUUUGUUUUGAUCUUACAAUAAUUUUGAUAUAUUUCUUUUGGUGAAAUUAGGGCUGCCAGCUAGCAACUCGCUUGUAAUUAGCUCGACAAAAACUUUAUUUUGAUAUAAUGGUUAACUGCACUAUAAAUAAAAGUUUUUAGUGUUCGACUUC